ACAUUUUCAAAAUUAUCAUAAUAAUACUAGUACACUGAUCUUCAUACUGGGGUAAAUGCAUUUUUGAGUACAUGAAUUCUUUCCAAGGGUUAGAGGAGCAUUGAUGUUUUAAGACAAUUUCCAGAUCUGUUUCUGUUUGUGUCUUUCUUAAAAUUUGUCUUUAGUUCAGGUUUUUUCCCUAUUUUCCAAAAGAAAAACAUACUUGUCAUGUGUUUCAAAGUUUAUUAUCAUGUAUUGCUUGAGAUUGUAAAGACCUCCUUGGCCACAAACAACAUAGAACAUCUUUUUAAAAUUUAUUUUUAAUUUUUUGAACGUAGAGCUUCUUGAAAUAUUGCAGUUUGGUAUUAAAGAUGUGCAUCACUAUAAUGACUACUAGUAAUAAGUCCUGUUUGUAUACAAGGUUGUUUCCAGUUCUUUGAUUUCAGCAAAAUUGUAAGACAAUCUAAGCAAGUUGUUAGUGAAUAAGAGCAUUAGUGUAAUUUUUGAGAAUAGAUUACUAUAUGACUUUUGACACAUAAUGAGGUAGAGGCAUAUAAAGAACCAAUAGACAUUGUUACAAUAAAAUUUUUUCCAUUUCUAUCUAUUCAUCUAUUGUAAGCAAGAUUUCUCAACUAAUAACAUUUGUAAAAAUUAAAAAUAAGAAGAGAAUUAAUUCCCAUCUCUAGUAAUAGAAAAUAGCCAUUGAUAUGUGAACUAAAAAUCAAUUACUAUUUCAAAGGGGAAAGAAAAUACUCAAAAGGAAUAAUCUUGCACGUUAGUGUGGGAAACUAUUAGCAAAUAAAUUAUUUUUCUUUUAACUGCUUAUCGUGAAAAAUUGCAACAUAUAUCCAAUAAACUAAUUCAAACAAUAUAGCCAAUAAACCAAUAGUAUAACAAUAUAUCCAACAAACUAAUAGUAUAACCAACUCCCAGGUACCCAUUUCCAGCUUCAAUUUUGCAACAUCUGUUCAUCCACCUGUCUUACCCAGUGUUUUCCAUAAUGAUAAUGAUAAUGAUAAUGGUUUUUAUAGGUUUUGGUUUUCUUCUUUUGAAUGAGGAGUUUGCUCUAAUUUAUUUUGUAUAUGUAUGUGUGUGUUUUUCCUAAUAGUUUUGCAAAUGAACUUUUUGCUACAACUUUUUCAAAAUUAAAAUAACAUGGCAUCUUAGUGAUUAUUAAAUCCCAUAUAUCGCUAGGGUAUGUGCACUCUUUCCAAGAAUACAGGGGCAGGUAUAGUUAAGUUAAAUGCUUUUACAUUUAAAUGGGGGAGGUUUUGGAGAGAAACCUUCAGUGUACACAACCAUUCAAUACAGGCAUACUUUGGAGAAAUCGUAGUUCUAAUCCGGAUCACCACAGUAAAGUGAAUAUUGCAAUAAAGCAAGUCACGCAAGUUUAGGAGCUUGAAACCAGCCUGUCUUUACUAAAAAUAGAAAAAUUAGCCAGGCAUUGUGGCUAGAGCCUGUAGUCCCAGCGGCUUGGGAAGCUGAGGCAGGAAGAUCGCCUGGAUCCAAGAGUUUGAGGUUGCUGUGAGCUGGGCUGAGGCCAUGGCACUCUAGCCUGGGGCGACAGAGUGAGACUAUCUCAAAAAAGGAAAAAAAAAAAGUUAGAGCUUGCUCUGGAUUAGGCUUUGGUUUAGGGGGAUGUGGCAGGUUUGAUCUUCUCUCUAGAACACUCAAACUUUCUUCAUACCAGCAGUUAGGCUGUUUUGCUUUUUUAUCAUUCGUGUGUUAACUAGAGUGAUACUUGUAAUUUCCUUCAAGAAGGAAAUUCCUUUGCAUUCAGAACUUGGCUAACUGGUAUAAGAAGGCCAGAUUUUGGCCUGUCUUGGCUUUGUACAUGCUUUCCUUAUUAGCAUUUUUAGCUUUUGAUUUAUAGUGAGAUAGAUUCAACUCUUCCUUUCACUUGAACACUUAGAGGUCUUUGUAGGAUUAUUAAUUGUCCUAAUUUCAAUAUUGUAUAUGCAGAGCACAGAGAGGCCUAAAGAAAGGGAGACAGGGGAAUGAGUGAAUGAACGGCCAGUAGGUAAAGCAGUCAGAACACACACUACAUUUAUCAAUUGAAUUUGAGGUCAAUUAAUGUUUUAUGUGGGCAUGGUUUAUGGUACCCUACAACACUUAUAAAAUAAUCAAAGAUGACUGAUUACAUAUUUUCAUAAUAGAGGGAAUUAGCAAAAUGUGACAUAGAGACACAAAGUGAACACACAGUUGGAAAAAUGGCUCCAGUAGACUUAUUUAACAUACAAGUUUAUCAGAAACAUUUAAUUUGUAAAAACUGUAAUAUCUGCAGUUUAGCUCAAUAAAAUGAAGUUCAGUAAAAUGAGGUAUGCCUGUAUUUUGUUUUGCCCUAUUUACAUAAUCUGCCUAGAGCAUAUUGAGUAGGGUUUACCCAAAUGUUAUACUGCAUAAUGAUAGACAUUGGCAAAUAUCAGUUGUUUCUUAAAAACAGUGUAAAAGCAAGACUUAAUUGUGUUUUAAUUUAGUAAGCCACAAAAUAGAUCAAUUAUGUGAUCAUAUUCUAGACUUGAAAAAAAUUUUUUUGUGAUAUUAAGCAUGACUGCUCAUUGAAGAAAACUUGUCUGAAUUUUAUAGGGUACAGUUAAGGUCAGAGAAUGAAAGUUCAAUGUAACUUGUUCUUUUACAUUGAUUAAUUGUAUAACCAGUAAUUAUCCAUGUAACAUCCCAAUGCAAAUGCUGACAUCCAUUUCCAAAAGAGUUGUUUUUUGUGCUUUUUCUAAGGUUAAAAAGGUUUUUGUGGUUUAAAUGUUGUUACAUAUUUUACAGCAUUAGGAUCUAUGGAAUAUUUUGACAACUGCAACAGUUCAAUGAAGUUGGUAAUUUCUUCUUUUAAUUAUUUUUCAUUGAACAGCUUUGGAGUUACAUUUCUACAUUUUGAUUUCUGAUAUAUUAUAGGGGAAGAAAACUUAAAAUAUGUCAAAGGAUGUUUUAGAUAAAGUGCAUAGAUAGUGAUUAUGAUAUGGCAGUAACUAAAUUAUUCUUUGUUUUGGUAAUGCCUAAUUUUGAUGAAAUAGUGUGGUGUUCCUUCUAGCUACUGACUGUAUAUCUGUAAUUGUACAUUUUUCUUAAAUAAGUUGGUUUGUAGGUUUUCACAUAUUACCUACCACACCCUACUUCUUUUGUCAAUUAGAGAGUGAACCUGGAUAAGUUCAAUUAAAUAAUAGUCUGGUAUCGGUUUCCCCCCCAUAGUAAUAUUUGAAAGUAUAAUACUUUGGAUUUUUUUUGAGGAUAAAGUAUGUUCUUAAAACUUUAGUUGUCAAAUUAUUUUAUUUUAAGCUUGUUUUUAUAAAUUAGAGAUGUAUUGUUUCUUUUGGGUGCAUAUCACCAAUUAAUACGUUUGAUUUCAGAUCUACAACUUACUGCUUUGUAAACUUCGCCGAGCAAGGAGUAAAUAAUGCUGAAAAAUUCGACUAUGUGAUGCAGUUUUUGAAUAAGAUGGCUGGUAAUGAAUAUGUUGGAUUCAGUAAUGCAACGUUUCAGUCUGAAAGAGAAAGUGGAGACCGAAAUUUUGCAAUAGGAUAUUACUUAAAAGAAAAGAAGUGUUUUCCAGAAGGCACAGACAUGGUUGGUAUAUUAGACUUCUAUUUCCAGCUAUGCUCCAUUGAAGUGACUUGUGAGUCAGCCAGUGUGAUGGCUGCAACAUUGGCUAAUGGUGGUUUCUGCCCAAUUACUGGUGAAAGAGUACUGAGCCCUGAAGCAGUUCGAAAUACACUGAGUUUGAUGCAUUCCUGUGGCAUGUAUGAUUUCUCAGGGCAGUUUGCUUUCCAUGUUGGUCUUCCGGCAAAAUCCGGAGUUGCUGGGGGCAUUCUUUUAGUUGUCCCCAAUGUCAUGGGCAUGAUGUGCUGGUCUCCUCCUCUGGACAAGAUGGGCAACAGUGUGAAGGGAAUUCACUUCUGUCAUGAUCUUGUUUCUCUGUGUAAUUUCCAUAACUAUGAUAAUUUGAGACACUUUGCAAAAAAACUUGAUCCUCGAAGAGAAGGUGGUGAUCAAAGGGUAAAGUCAGUCAUAAAUCUUUUGUUUGCUGCAUAUACUGGAGAUGUGUCUGCACUUCGAAGAUUUGCUUUGUCGGCCAUGGACAUGGAACAGCGGGACUAUGAUUCUAGAACAGCGCUCCACGUAGCAGCUGCAGAGGGUCAUGUUGAAGUUGUUAAAUUUUUGCUGGAAGCCUGCAAAGUAAAUCCUUUCCCCAAAGACAGGUGGAACAACACACCCAUGGAUGAAGCUCUGCACUUCGGGCACCACGACGUGUUUAAAAUCCUCCAGGAAUACCAAGCCCAGUACACACCUCAAGGAGAUUCUGACAAUGGAAAGGAAAAUCAAACCGUCCACAAGAAUCUUGAUGGAUUGUUAUAAUGGUCUUAGAUCCCAAGAUUUAAGUCACUUACCUAUUUAAUUGUGGAAAAUGAAUAUGAAGAACGUGUGUAUUUCUAUCUGGUAGUGAUGUACAUUUUACAUUUGUCAUUUCAGUGUUACUGGAGUUUUCUUCAUUGUGCGCACAGGACAAAUCUGAUCUCUUUGGGAAAAAAUAGAAAUAAAACAAUCUCCCUCCAUAAUGUGAGCAAUAUUUACCUCGUGCAUUGUAUAAUUUGAUGUAAAAGAAACAGUUAACCAAUGCUAGCCUAAUUGUGUGGUCUUCAUGAUUUACUUGUGUGUUUUGUGAAUUUUCAAUUUAUGGUGAUGAUCUGCUGAUAUGCAUUUAUAAAUAAAGCUUUGUUGUACAGUCUGUCCAAAUAGGUCAAGGCCACCUUUAGAAGCAAAUAUUGUGAUUUCAAGACUCCAAUUAUAGAUUUAGUGUGAGUGUUUGAACAACUAUUGCACUUAUGGUUGUAUGUUUAAAAUGUCUCCCUCACUCUAGCUUCACGAUGUGAUUCUUAAAAAAUUAUAACAAUUAAAAACUGUUAGCAUAGACCAAUUCUGAUUAGACUCUAUCAGGGAAUCUGUUCAAGAUAUGUUUGGUGACCAAAACAUAUGUGUGAAUGUAGUUAUAAUACUUUUUGAAAAAAUUUCCUUUUUCUAUAUCCCCUUCCUCCAGCCUCUCUUCUCAGAAAUUGAGCUCUCUGCCUCUUUCCUUUUGCUGGGAAAGUGAGUGCUGGCAUACUAUGCAGUUUUCAUGUUUUCUGCAGUAAGUCAGAAAAUGCCUCCUUUGUCUGGUAUCAGAGCUGUAACUUUGCCAUUUGUGUACGGAAGGUGAACCAGAGUCAAAAUUACUGAUCGAGGAAUCAAAUAGUCAAACUUAUCAGUCUAGAAAAUGACAGGAUGUGCUACUGUAGCUCUUUGAGUUUUUUUUUUUUUUUGCUUCUAGGAUAAAGAGAAAUCCAGAAAUGCUGUAAGCUACCAAAGUUAUUCUGAUAACAUGGGAACUGCUACAAAUAACACUUGUUUUUAAGCAUUAUCAUUAAAAGUCUGCAUCAAGAUAUCUGUCCUCCUUGGGGGACCAAUGGAUCACUCCAGAUUUCUUCUGAUUCCCUAUUGUGUAAAUCUUUGUGGUCUCUUUAAAUAAUAAAAAGAGGCCAUUUCAUGUUAAAUUGAGACCCGUCAUUUCUUUAUCAUGGGGCAUUAACUCAGAAUUUGGAGAGUAAAAGGGGCUUCCAAACAUAAAGGAAUCUGUAGGAAUUGCACACAUGCUUUAUCCUGUCAUACCUCAAGGGGUGUGUAAGUGAGGAUUUCUGAUGUUUAGUGCUGCACACACAAAUGGAUGUUUUUGAAACAGUGUUUAGUAAAGUAAGAAUUCUCAACUACAUGAAUGCUAAUCAUUACCACAUAUAGGUCUCUUUUUUUUUUUUCUUAUCAGUUGCUGCUUUUAAGCUUUAUGAUGCCUGAUGGCACCUUACUCCAGCAGCCUCCAGGUGCUUUGAUUUUUGCUCCUAGUCUAAGUCAGUGGCUUCAGCCUUGCCCUCCCAUUAUCAAGACAAUACCUCCUUUGUGAAGCCACGGCCAGUGUUCUCAGCGGCAUCAAGCAUGAAGCUGGUCUCACGCCCGAGCUUCUGUGCAGAGGAUAACAGGUGGGCAGUCAGCCCUGCCAGAGUUUCUACCCCACAGAUCGGUCAAGCCACACGGACAGGUAGCAUUUGCAAGAUGCUUGCCCCCAAAGAUAUUACACAGUAGACACAUUUUAACUGAACUCAAUUAAGAUAACUGUUCAAACAACAGCUUGUUCUGUGUUAUUAAAAUAAAACAUUAAGAUGGCUGUAUUGUGUGGCGUAAUGAUUACCAAUGAUUAAGAUACUUUUCCCAAAUAAAAAGAGUUCUAUUAUUUGGGAACAAACAGAGUUUUCAUCUCUUAUCAGAUCAGAACUGUUCUGUAAAAUCUUUAUUGUUAAAUGUGCUCUUAUUUAUCUCUGAUGUUAUGACUACGCCUGGUUCUUGCUCUGGCUGUUUGCUGCUGGCUGGUAAUAUGAGUAAAUUUGGUUUAAAUGCUUGUUACUCUGCCAUUAACUGCUGCCAUCAGCAACUCCAAAGGUUUUUUGGUUUGGCUUUCAGAUUGUAUGUGCUUUGUCUGUAUGGGGAUAGCUUUCUAUGGUCAUGUUAAUUUAAAGCUCUGUAUACAUUGUUGUUUUUGCUGAUGUUGUUCUGCUGGUCUCAUCUUUGGUAAUAUGCUGAACCCCACUGCUGCCCCACACUGCCCUUCAGCUGCACAGCUGGAUUAGCUGUUGACCAUCUGAUGCUUUGUCUGGCAGGGACUGAAUGACCUGAUGUUGGAUUUAGAUUCUUCCCGGGGAUUACACAGCUAUGAAUGUAUUUGCUUCCAAAACUUCCCAAAGUGAAUCUAAUCUUAAAACUAGAAGUUGUAAGUAUCCUGAAAUUGGGAAACAUUUAUUUUAAAUGAAAUAAGGUAGUGUUGCUUUUUACAGUAUAAUAAAUACAUGUAU